AUGGGAAAUCGGGUGGGCCUGAGACCAGCGCGACCUCCGAGGUGCCGAGGUGGCCAUCUCCCUGUCGCCCUUCGUUCUCGUGCGGAACUGCAAGUUCCAGAGCGGCAGGGGCCCCAGCGCGGAUCCCUGGUUGAAGCUCUGAACCUCAGUGGGGUUCCUUGUGUCUUGAAUGUGGAGGCCUUUGGGUACUGGUUCAUGCAGCCUCGGCCGAGGCUACAACUCCACGCUUUCGGACCGGCACUCGGUUCGCGGCCGUGCUCGAAGACGGGUCUGCGAUUCUGUCUCCCGCCCGAGGACAUCAAGAUCUUCAAGAUCUCCUUAUUUGCGUACCUUUGCCUGCACUGCAGUCACGACGUGUUCCGGCACAGCGCGUGCUACUACUUCGGCGUCCGGAGCAGCGACGAGCGCUGGGCCGAGGAGGAGCGGUCGCGGUGGGUUUUGGACGUCUCGAGGGCGGUGAGGCUCGUGACACAGAGCCUCUUCCCCCCGUACCGCAUCAGCUGCGAUCCACAGCAGGGCGUCAAGCACACGGCAACCCGUCUCAUGGCUGGCUAUGUGGUGCACCACGAAGAUGUCUCGACUUGCUCGGUGGUGUACUGCGAGCUCCAUGCGCACCGGGGAGAUCUGGCUCGUGUGACCAUGUACGAGAACGACCUCUGCCAGGUGCGGGUGGCUGAGAUUGACAUCUACGAGAGCGCCACAUGUUCCGAGAAGAUCGGCAUCAAUUGCAGCUGCUUCAGUGUGGAGGACCAUCAGUUCUCCUCCAGAACGCUGGCGGAAAGAAAGCUUUGGCUUCGUGCCAUCUCCAACGUGAGAGUCAAGCUGCAAAAUCGUGCGCCUGACCCCACCGAGGAAGAGCUUACCAGCUUCCGCACUGCAAUCAAGGAACACCUCUCCACCAUCAGGGCGGCCCUGGAAGGACCAGGCGUUGAAGAGCCGGGUUUGAGCAGCGGUGGCGGCAGCCUGCCCACGGCACCCCGGCAGCGACUUGGCCAGACCAUGGACCCCUUGUUACAGCGCUGCCACGCGCGACGGCCGCCGCUCUGUCAUGGGAUGUCGGUGCACAUGUGCGGGGCCCGGCCGGGCCCGGAGCGGUGUGGCAUACUCUGUGGUGCUCUGUGUUUCAACCAAUCCGAAAGAAUGGAAAGGAGAGAUUUGCUAAUGGGUGCAUGA